GCGGAGCAGCUUCGCCGCAGCGGCGGGCUAAAGAAGCGGCCUCGGCCCCAGCAGCGGCAGUAGUAGCGGCGGCAGCCCCAGUAGUGGCGGCGGCGGCGGCGGCGGGGAUGGCUCCUGCGGGCGGCGGCGCGAGGAAGAUGGCGCCCUCGCACGUCCUGAAGUGCUGCCAGAGGGUGCUGGCGUGGGUGCCCGUGGCCUUCAUCGCCCUGGUCGUGGCCUGGUCCUACUACGCCUACGUGGUGGAGCUGUGCGUGUUUACAAUUGCCUCUACUGGAGAAAAAGUUGUCUACCUUGUGGUUUUUCAUCUGUCGUUUGUCAUGUUUGUGUGGUCCUAUUGGAAGACAAUUUUUUCAUCUCCCGCCUCCCCUUCCAAUGAGUUCUGUUUAUCCAAAUCUGAUAAAGAGCAAUAUGAAAAGGAAGAAAGACCAGAAUCCCAACAGGAAAUUCUGAGAAGAGCCGCUAAAGAUCUUCCCAUUUAUACCACAACUGCAUCAAGAGGUCAGCCUGUAGACAUCAUUGCCAGAGUUUUUUUGUGGUUACAGUGUGUACUGAAAAUGGAUCAUCACUGUCCUUGGGUGAAUAACUGUGUGGGAUUUUCUAACUACAAGUUUUUCCUCCUGUUUUUAUUUUACUCCCUCCUGUAUUGUCUGUUUGUUGCUGCUACAGUUCUGCAGUAUUUCAUAAAGUUUUGGACACUUUGCCGCAGGAAAUCUGCUGAGAAUUGUCCAAAGAAUGAAUUGCUAGACACACGUGCAAAAUUCCACGUUCUCUUCCUUUUCUUCGUGGCUGCCAUGUUUUUCAUCAGCAUACUGUCACUUUUUAGCUAUCACUGCUGGCUGGUUGGCAAAAACAGAUCAACAAUAGAAGCUUUCCGGGCGCCCAUGUUUCGAAAUGGACCAGAUAAAAAUGGCUUCUCUCUUGGAUGCAGUAAAAACCUGAAAGAGGUUUUUGGAGAUGAAAAAAAGUAUUGGUUGUUGCCUAUUUUUACAAGUUUAGGAGAUGGCAGUAACUUUCCGACGCGCCUAGUAAAUAUGGAUCCAGAGCAGAUUACUGUCUCAAGCCAAAAUGAACCUGCCAAAAGCCCUGGCCCCAGUCAACCAUUUCCUACUAGACCACUCAGCGAAUCCCAAAAUCGAUUGCUUGCCAGUGAAAACCAGUGGCCAGAAGUCAGCUUGGAAGACGAAAAUGUUAAACCAGAUGUUAAAAAGCAUAUUAUAGUUACAUUGGAAAGCUGAUCCUGGCUUCCAUGUUCAACCUUCCUAAGAAGAGGAAAAAAUGGUUUCUACAUUUGUGCUUGGAUAUUACUUAAUUUUGUAGGGAAGACACUGAUAUAUCAAUGGAACAGCGCAAGCAUGUUGACAGGAUAUGAAAAAUGAAAUCCUUGUACGGUGCAUAAUGGAUGCUCAUGAGCACUACUGCAGAGCAGGAAGUAUGACUGAUGCCUUAAGACUCUUAUUGUGCAUUUCGCAACACGGACAAGCCGCUGCCCAAGGGCCCUGAAAGGGUGCGCAAGACUCAAAAUGCAGAAACUAUGCAUUCCAGCUGCAUUGCAAUGGAGGGGACUAAUUCUGCAAAAAAACAUGCGAGCGAUGGUGCUGUGCCAGUGAUAUGCCGAAGUUAUUUUCAUAGCGCUAGUAGUGGGGGAAGUAGGUCUGGUAUACCAAUUUUCAUAGCACUAGUAGUGAGGGAAGUAGGUCUGGUAUACCAAUAUGGAACAUGGCCAUUAAAACUGCACUCUGCAACUAUGGGUGAUUCAACGACCACCUGGUAGACCAAUGGCCUGGUACGGUUUCACUACCCUUCACUACCAUUAUCAGAUAAUCAGAAGAACUGGUCAGCAGCACUAAGGAGCCUAAUGAAUAUCCUGGCUUUUUAGUCCAUUGUGAUAUUGAAGUUCUUUUCCGUCUGACUUCCUCUUUUGCAAUAUAAUACAAAAUCAAAUGAGCAAAGUUAAUCAGUUGCUUGUUUGAGGAUUUAGGCCCCCUGUCAGUCUGAAGAAUCAGUUUCCUCGGUUUUCAUUUGUCUUUUUAAAAAAGGCAAUAUUUUAAUUUCUUCACUGUUUGGUCGAAGCCAUGUAAUUCACUAACCCUGUAUAGGCAUGUUUACCUGAAUAUUUUUACUAGGUCUUUCUUGCUGGUAGUCCUAAAAUACAUAUCUCCAUCUAAAGCCAGUAGGUAGCAUGUACUUAGAUUUCUUUCAGGCCAAGUCCCAAGACACACACUUAUUUCAUUUAAGGGAAGAAGCAUGUUUAUAGUGUCUGAUGUCAAGAUGGAUUCCCCCAAGGAUUGAGUAUUACUCAAAUGUGGUAGGAAAGGGAAGAAACGGGAUUAUCUCAUACUUGAAUACGGCUAGUUUAUUUCCCAAGAAUCUAAGGCCACCAGCCUUUCCCACAAUCUCAUCGAUUCUAGGUUCUGCCUUUGGGUGCAAAUCCUUAUCUGAGCAAGUAAUAUAAUAUAAUGGGAAUGUAAUUGUGACAAUAAGUUCACUAAGGGCACUGAGAGAUGGAAGCAUGGCUGGCAAGGGGAAGAGAGAGAUUUUCAGAUACUUAUCCAGCUGACCUAACUCGACCACUCCAUAGAGCUCAUGAUUUAAUUUUAAAAUGGACAAAAUUCGGUUUUAAAUCUAACAAGAUAGCUUAUUUAAUCUCUGUGAACCCACAACCACCAAAAGCCAAACCAAAUAGGAAAGUCACACCAAUUUACCAAAUGGAAUGUUUGGAACUUUUGUUUUGCAUAUUCUCAUCCUAAGAUUUUGUUUUUUUUCCAAUAAAGGUGCUUCUUGGUUAAUCUUAAAGAUCAAAAGAUAAUAGGAAAGGGCAGCAGUCCUUUAAGUAAGGCAGCUUAGCUCAAAAUUAUGAUGUGACUUGUGUCUGGAAAGCUACAGGGAACUAGUGUAGAUACUGAAGUGUUAGUUUAACAUGCUCACAACGAGUGAUAGAUUUAGGAGUAUGUCAAGGCCUUCAUCUUUGAGACGUCCGUGUUCUACCUCUACCUCCCCUGCACCUUCCAGAGUUGCGAGCCCUGUAGGCUAUUUGGUUUUAGCUUCCUUUUUUCAAUAUUUUGCUGUUUCUGUAUCAGAUAAAUCUAGAAAGAAAAGAACUUACUUUCUUUUAUCUAACUGCAACGUUUGUACACAUACCAAAAUGCAUUAAAAGGCAUUGCAGUGAUGUAGAUGAGAAAGGUACUCACAAAAAAGGAGGCUCAAAAAGAAGUUUUAGCAUGCUGUUCCUUUAGGACCCUCAGAGCCUAAUGAACCGCAGUGCCUCAGUCAGGCCAAAAAGUGAGGGAAUCUAGAUUGGGGGGCCACUGAUAGGCCUCAGUCUGAAUAUCCAAGUGUCAUAAACAGUAACAAGCAGAGACAUUAUUGAUCUCUGCCAUAAGCUGUGUUUUGCUUGACUAUCCCAGCUAUUUUCUGUUACUGUCCUUAGCAAUUUUGCUAGAGAGCAGCUUGGCAGCUUUGAAACCUAACCUCGCAAUAAUGUAAGAAUGAUCCUUCCAAUGAAUUCCUUGUCAUAUACUAUCAAAAGCCAACAUGGUAAUGCACCUGAGUCUACAAAAACAAGUCACAGUCAUGUAGCACCUUCAUGUUCACAAAUUUAUUGUAGUGUUAAGUUUUUGUGAGCCGGCUGUUUCCUGAAAGGCUGUGGCCCGAAUUAUUUUUCUGCACCAGACUAGCUGUCCCUCUACAUUUGUAAAAACAAAUUAGCUAUCCAGCAACGUUUUCCAUUAUACAUUUCUCCAACCAGAUCCUGCCCUAAUGUUUUCAAUUUUCCUUCAAACUGGCAUAAUUACACAGUGGAAGACGCUUAACAGCCCAUCCCUAAACUGCAGUAAAUCAGUAUGUCUAGAUACCCAGUCAUCUUAAGCCAAUACGAUUUAGUCAUUAAAAUCAGCACUAAAUUGACUUGGCAUAUAUGCCACUUCUUGAGCGACUUCUCAUUUAUGAUAAACAUUCACUUCAGCACAUGGUUUAGCUUACAACGAAUUACUUACACCUCAGCCAGAAGUUGUAAGACUUGAAGUAUAUCAUCCAGAAUAUGAAUGCAGAAGGCAUCUUUUCCUUCCCACAGAGCUGUGGCAUUCCAGUCUGCUUUCUUCCCAAAGAAGGGGUGAGACCCCCUGUGCUCUUACACAUGGCAGUGGUGCUCCCAAACUGGUAUACUGGCUUUUCAGUGGCAUCAGCACCUCAUCCCAUCUUGAUCUGUACCUUUUGCCCCCGAUUAUACGGCUAUUUGAAGCACUAUAAAAUAAUAGUUUAAAUAGUAUUCAAAGCUGCUUUGGUAUCAACAGAAACAUAAAAUAGGAUUUAAAUCGGGAAGGUAAAAUCCUGGUAACAUGAAUCGCUUUGUGUGUAAUUAUUUUGUUUUUAUGAACCCAUGAGAAAGGUAAAUCGGGCUCCCUUUUGAAAUCUUAACCAAUGUAGCAUGUAGAAAUUUAUAUGAAAUACCAUCUUUGCAGAUGGUAAAAUAGCAUUAUUUCGCUGUUCAACUGUUUGUAAAAUGAGCGAACUGAAACAGUGUCUGCUGUUUUUGCAAUCUGUUCACUUUGAAUCAAACCAGGCAUGAUGCAAGAAAUCCAUUAUUAAGCUUCCCCCUAUUUUUAACAGACACUUAAGUCCACACAAGUGCUUUGAAGAUAGUUGUCAGUGUGAGUGGUUUAACCCUUUCCUCCCAUGCCUCUGAAAUAAUUGAUGAAUGGGCUGUUUUCAGUGCUGAUACUAACAUCUGUCCUGUUGCUCAGGUACUGGGAUUUGACCGCAUUCCCUGGACAAAAUGACCAGUGCUUUGACUUAACUGCAACCAGGAGAGCUCUUGGUGUCCCAUAAGGAACUUGCUGGUGCUUCUCUAAUUCAUGAGAGAAUGGAAAGGUGAUGGGGCUACUGCUGAUUUCUUAUGUCCUAUCACGCUUGCAGAAUCCUCUUGUGCCAAUUGGGAGUUGUAACAGAAGGUCUGCCUCUGACAUGUGGUAGGAUGGAGCUGUCCUGCUCUGCCCUCCUUAGAAUGUCUCAGCCUUGUUCUUCAAGGGAAUAAGAUGGGACUAAGUGAAUCUCCAGAGCCAAAGUAUGCAUUUAUGGGUUGUGCUUGUCGGCCAAUAGGUCAUCUAUGGCAAAUUUCUUUUUAUAGCAUCACAUUGUUAUAUAUGCAGAUAGAAACAGAAUGUGAGGGUAACAGGGUUGUGACGUGUACAUAGGAUUAAACGCCCAUGUGCACUUUUAUGAAUAUUAGGUGUCCAGAUUAUCCGAAUUAUGCAUUCAUCUUUUUUCAGCCUUGUUGGGGUCACUGGAAGGUACAGUGUCAAUGUACUGCAGUCCUUAAACCACUAUAAAAGAUCCUAUUAACCACUGGUGAAAUUACCAAACUAUCUAUAUAUUGGAUGAGCAGUUAAUUAAUGCAAGAACAUCUUACCAGUCAAACUAAAUGAUACCAAAGAGUAGAGUCUAAAGUUUCAUUAUACUGAAAUGUAUGUUUACAUGUUUCACUUCAAUGCUUUACCUUCAGAGCAUUUUUCUAGUGAACGAGGCUACCAUCCAGAGCACUUUGAGCAUCAGUGUUUGGAAAACAGUCUGUUGUACGAACACUUUCAAUGUUAAUAAAUAUUUUUGGGAUGCCUCUAGAAAUCCUCCUCACUUCAGUUAUUGUUGAACUCUAUUUCUGUUGAAAGUACUGAGUCAGUCAAAUGCCCAAGAGGCUUUUGGAUGAGAUGCCAGCCAUAAUGCACUAAGUGAAGUUAAAUCACAGCUACCUAAAAAUACCUCCUCUGCAUCAAUCUAGAUGUCCAGUUUAUUUCCCAGAUAUUACAUUACUUGAAUCUUGUAUGUAGUAAGAAUCUGCUCAUGUUUACAAAAUUAUUGAUGAGUUUCAGAUCGUUCCGCAAACAGUGAGGUAAAUGUACAGUAAUCUGGAAAAAUGUUAAGACAUUGUCAGGAUCUUCCUUUUCUUGACAACCAAAGACCUAAUAACCCAUAUGUUUGAUAUGGUUUACAUUAUGUUGUGAUUCUGGGAUCAUAUCAAGACUGGUCUCUAGUUAGUGGUUUAAGGAUUUCAGCCUCUACCUCAGUCCUGAAUUUUUUUACUCGGAAGUCCAUGCAGCUGACUUUCAAGUAGAUGUUUAAGGAUUGCAAGUGUAGCAAAUAGAUAAUUGAUGUCUACUUUUUCAUCACUUCCCCCAGUGUAAAUCCCAUGGCCAUAGAAGGAACAACCCUGGUUUAAUCUCUGGAAUUGCUUCAACCUGAGUGUUUACCAGUGCUAACGUCAAAUGCAAUAUGGUGCAUUUCUCAUAAGAUGUCUGAAAGUAUUUUAUUUAAUUAACAGUAUCUCAAUUGUAAAAUUGCAAGUAUUCAAAUUUAAAUUGUGAAAUCAGAGAAUACUUAAUGUGAACAACAUCAUUUUAUGUUGCCUGUAGGAAUAUUCCUAUGCACAAAAACAUUGCAAUUAAUGGUUUAAUACUUCAAAGUGACUUUUUAAAUGGGCUUUUAUAAAUACACAAGUACACAGAUCACUUUGCCUGAAACUUUCUUAUUGUUAACUGUACCUUGUAAUAUCUUCAUGUAUGUUUUCCAGCAAUGUAAUAAUUUUAGAUCAUGUUGAAUAUUUUGUAAAUCAAUGGGCAGUUUCCAUUCAUAUCUCAAUUGUAACUCAUGAUCAAGGGGAAAAUGCCUAAUCUUUAAGCCCUUCUUUGCCAAAGUGGUGAUACAUUCAUGGAUUAUGACACAAUGAAUGCAAAAUAAACGAAAUAAAUACCUUGAAAAUAA